AUGAAGAUCGGAGAAACGAUCACAUGGUAUUUCUCAAGAGUGAUGGAGGUUGCCAACAACAUGAGAAACUUGGGAGAAGAUAUGCCGGAUUCUAAGGUGGUUGAGAAGAUCUUGAGAACUCUGGUGGAGAAGUUUACAUACGUGGUAUGUGCCAUUGAAGAGUCAAAUGAUAUCAAAACUUUGACAGUGGAUGGACUGCAGAGCUCUUUGAUGGUGCAUGAGCAGAAUCUGAGCAGGCAUGUGGGAGAAGAACAUGCUCUCAAGAUGGAAGCACAAUGGGGAGCCGGUAGAGGCAGAGGAGGAUAUCAUGGACGAGGACGUGGUGGAUAUCAAGGCAGAGGGCGUGGAUCAACCUCUAAGGAGCAUAUUGAAUGCUACAAAUGUCACAAUAUGGGGCAUUACAAGUCAGAAUGUCCAGAGUGGGACAAAGAAGCCAACUAUGCAGAGAUAGAGGAGGAUAUUCUCCUUAUGGCGCACAUCGAUAUGGUGAGAGGAGAGGAGGAACACGUCUGGCUCCUUGACUCAUGCUGUAGUAACCACAUGUGUGGUACAAAGGAAUGGUUCAUUGAGCUUGACAGCAACUUUCGUCAAAAUGUCAAGCUCGGUGAUGAUCGCAGAAUGAUGGUGGAGGGAAAAGGAAGCUUGCGCCUGGAGAUCAAUGGUCACGUUCAUUUGAUCUCUUCAGUCUACUUUGUGCCUGGGGCAAUUGCAAGAGAAAUGCUUGAGAGUGAUUAUCGAGGAUGA